GCUUGCUGGGGCGGGGCCAUCUCUUCAUGCGGCAGAAUGGGUUCCAAGUGCCGUUCGACCUGUUCCAGGUGACGGCAUGGAUCUUCUUCCCGAUCCUUGUAGGGGGGUUCUAUGCGUUCUGCGUACCCUUCCUCCCCCGCACCGCGGCUGUCGCGACGGGCAUUGUCUACGGCAUCAACGGGGCCGUGAUCGUUGGUCUGGCGGCAAUCACGACGUCGAUCAAUCCCGCAGACCGCAACGUGAUGCACCAAGGAGACACGGCGCAAGUCACCCCCGACCACCUCUACUGCAACGUGUGCACGACCUACGUGGACAAGAAGUCACGGCAUUGCCGCAUCUGCGAGAAAUGUGUGGCGACGUUCGACCACCACUGCAAAUGGCUCAACAACUGCAUCGGCGAACACAACUACCGCUACUUCUUCAGUCUUAUCGUCGCCAUAUUCACCUUCACGACCCUGCAACUCGUGCUCGCGUUGUACCUGUUCGUCCAAUGCUUCACAUCCCCGUCCACCAUUCGACUCUACGCCGCUUCCACGUAUGGAUGCUCUGGGAACAAUACGACUGUCAAGAACGAUGGACUGUGCGUCAGCGAUGCGUUUCCUCUGGUCGCGAUUAAAGUCAUGUUGGCAAUCUACCUCUCCAUCCUCGUGCCUUCGUUCUAUCCCAUCGGGCAACUCGUGUACUUCCACAUCAAACUCUAUUUUCUCGACACCACCACCUACGACUACAUCAUCCACCAACGUCGCCGCCAAUUGCACCCCGAGGAAACGGGAGAUGAUCUCAUCGCGGGUUGCCAUGGUUGCCGCACUGCGCCGACGCAACCUGCUCCAAUUCCCGCCCCUGUCGCCCCCAAGUCGACGUCGACGCCGAUGCUGACAGGGUUUGGUCGCCCGUCUUCUGCGCAUGUGCAAGAUACGUCCUCGCAUGAAACCAAGAGCCCCGUGAGUCCGUCGCAACGGGAAAACAUGACUUACGAACCGAUCGAGACACCCAACGGCCACACCAAGAAGAAGUCACAGCAGCAGCAGGCGUUCUUUGUAUAAUAUAGAUAUCUAUACUCAUUCAACCGUGUGGGAUUGCGACAACGACAAGCGGCCAGCAUUGUCGUCGGAGGCGAGCACUACAUGCACAGCCGACACCACGCCAGACACUUGGGGCUUGAAUUGCGCUUGGUGGUUCGACUCGGGAUGGUCGGCUUGCACAGAGUAUACCGGCGCCACAGCCGUCCAAGUCCCCAUGUUGUACUCGUGCUCGCCCAACGUCGCGCUGCUGUGGGGACCCACCGCGACGGUCUGUCGGAUCAGCUCAUUGCCAUCCGCGACCUGGCCGUCGCUUCCGAAGAGUCCUGUCACGUGGAUGGUGUGACCCGAGUCAUUGCGCACCACGACUUGCUUGGCAUACGAAGGAGGGCCGACCAUGUUGGUGUUCUUCACGUUGGCG